AUGUUCAAAAAUCAUCUCUUGUCCCUUCCUUCAUGCGCCAUCAAUCUCAAUUUUGCUUUCUCGUCCUUCCUUGUCUCUCAAUCACAACCAUUUUCUCCACACAAGCGUAACCUCCCCACUAUCGUCGCUGUUUCUGCUAAUUCCGACAACCUCUCCGGUGAAAAUGACGGCGGAAUGUCGGUGGAGAAGAAAGGGUCGGGGACGACGGCGAGAGGAAGGAGAUUGCUCAAGGUUAGAGAAGAGAAGAGGAAACGCGAUUACGACCGUCUUCACGAUUACCCAGCUUGGGCCAAGGUACUGGAGAGUGCGUGUAAAGACGAUGAAGAGCUUCGAGCUGUUCUUGGUGAUAGCAUCGGAGACCCUGAGCUCAUGAGAAAGAAGGUUGAGGAAAGGGUCAGGAAGAAGGGAAAAGAUUUGCAGAAACAGAAGACUGGCUCUGUGCUUUCUUUCAAAGUCAACUUCAGAGAUUUCAAUCCUGUUGACUCCUUCAUAUGGUUUGAGCUCUAUGGAUCGCCUUCAGACCGAGAUGUUGAUCUUAUUGGAAGUGUGAUACAGGCAUGGUAUGUUAUGGGGCGAUUGGGCGCUUUCAAUACAUCUAACUUACAGCUAGCAAACACAUCUUUGGAAUAUGAUCCUCUCUACGACGCAGAGAAGGGCUUCAAAGUGAUGCCUUCAUCGUUCCAUGAUAUCAGCGACGUUGAGUUUCAGGACAACUGGGGUCGUGUGUGGGUUGAUCUUGGUACUUCUGAUAUCUUUGCCAUUGAUGUGCUUCUCAACUGUUUGACAGUCAUGAGUUCAGAGUAUUUGGGCAUUCAACAAGUUGUAUUUGGUGGCAAACGAAUGGGAGAUUGGGAAGAGGGAAUGACAAAUCCCGAUUUUGGGUACAAGUACUUCAAAAUCUAA